AGACUUUAGCUGUGUGUGUUGGUAGAAUACGAAUUGUGCAUUUAUUUCAUUAUAAUUUUUUAGCUAUUGUCUCUAAAAUUCUAUAAAAUAUUUUUAUGAUAAAAGAUUUUUAUGUAAAAAGUUUAGCAUCCUUUGAGUAAAUUAAUCAGUUUAAAUAACGAAACAAGCUUUCUUUCCUCCGGCAACCAACUUUCACUACGCAGACAUUCACAUAUUAUACUGAAUCUUCGUUAUACUCAGGUAUACAUUCAAUAGUGAUUAAACAAAAGGAUUCUGUGAUUACUUAUACAAUUUGUGUGUACCUAAGUCGCCAAUGUAUUAAAGUUAUACUAAUAAGUGAGUACAAAAUAAAAAUAAGCAUCAGUUAAAUAACACAAAAGUUAAUUAUUAAAAUCGACAUUUCGUAGUUUUAACAAGAAGAGUAGAAAGUUUUUAGAAAUAUUCAUAGUGCAGUAACACUUGUAGUUUGAAUGAAGUAAACAUAUCUGCAGCAUUAUCGAAACUGUUAUGAUAAGUAAUGGUAAAUAUGACUUCUGGAACGAAUCUGGUAGUACUGAGAUUGUCAGUAUUCUUAGGAAUGGUAGCAGUUACUUUCACUUUACUAUAUUUAACUCCAGCGCCAGAUCAAAGGUUCAAAAGCUGCGACCGACCUUGUCAUGAUCUUGAUUGGCCCAUGAUUUGUAGAUUUAAAUUAACUAUAGAAAAAUUACCAACAUCUGUGAUAUGUCAAGAAUGCCAAAAUAGUACUGACUGCCCAUUUUGUGCAUCCCAAAUCGACUUACCUUUAGAACUCAUCACCGCUAAUCGCAAAUUACCAGCGCCCAUAUUCCAAGUAUGUCAUAAUGACAUUUUAGUAAUUAACGUAAUAAAUAAACUCCAAGGUCAAAGUAUUACCAUGCAUUGGCGAGGACAAACCAAUAGAGAAGCUCCUUUUAUGGACGGCGUGCCUUUGAUAACACAAUGUCCUAUUAAUGCUUACACAACGUUUCAGUAUAGAUUCAGAGCUUCAUCACCAGGAACACAUUCGUAUCACGCGUUCGCUGAUUCAGAUCGGUUUGAAGGAUUGUAUGGUGCUAUAGUAGUAAGAAAAUCCGAGAAAAUCGAACCGAAUAUACAUCAUUAUGAUAUCGAUGAUAAAAAUCAAAUUUUAGUUUUGUCCCAAACGCGCCAGAAUAUCUUAAUCAAUGGAGUUGGACCGAAUAGUUCAGAUCUCACUAAAUUUGUUGUACAUAAAGGAGCUAGAUCAUUAUUUAGAUUAAUUCAUAGUAGCGGUUCAGGUUGCCCCAUAACUUUUAGUGUGGAUAACCACGUUGUUAACGUCGUCACCGUUGACGCCGAUCCUAUUGUUCCUCUCGAAGUUUCUUCCAUUAAACUCAACAAAGGAGAAACUGUGGACUUCGUUUUGGAAGCUAAUCAAGAUCCUGGUUCUUAUUUUAUCACAGCAAAAUCUCAAUGCGAAUCGAAUAGCUUAGUUGGUAAAGCUAUUAUAGCUUAUAAGGGCGCAGCUGAAGGAACUAAUUUGAAAAAAUUUGAUUAUGUCGGGGAUUUGAGAAAAUUCGAUACUGGAUUCUGUGGAGGUGCUAAUGGGAAAGUCUGCGUUGGGGAUAUUAGACCUGCUGAAGGUAUGGAAGGAAGUUUGAGGCAAUUGGACGUUGAUAAGAGAUUUUAUCUUGGAUUCGAUGCGAAGAGUGUGAGUGGUACUAGGAAAAAUAUUCUUUCAACUAAUCAGUAUAAAAUGAACAAUAUUUCUUUUACUUUCCCUCCCGCACCUGUAUUGACUCAACCUUACGAUGUACCAUUGGAUUCGGUGUGCAAUGAAUCGCAUUUACCGGAUAGAUGUCAUGGAAAACAUUGCGAUUGCGUUCAUUUAGAACACAUUCCAUUGGGUAGUAGAACGGAACUCGUACUCAUAGAUCAAGGAGGGAAUGAUGAGGAAUACAUUUUUCAUCUUCACGGUUAUCAAUUUUAUGUAGUCGGUUAUAAAAUACCCAAAUAUCCUUUGACGAAAUCUGAGGUGGAGAAGCUAGAUGAAAAUUUCGAUUUUAUCAAAAGAAAUUUACAAAAUCCAGUCAGAAAACAUACAAUAAGAGUGCCUAAAAAUGGGAUAGUGGUUAUUAGAUUCCUUGCAAACAAUCCAGGUUUUUGGUUGCUUCGAGAUGAAAAUGCUCAAGGUUGGACAAGAGGAAUGGAUAUUUUGUUCCAAGUAGGAGAUACUGGAGAUAUUCCCGCACCACCUACUAAUUUUCCUACUUGUGGUAACUUCGUAGGACCCGACUUCUUUUUACUGUGAUUCGAAUGUGUAUUUAUAUUCCGAUUUUCAAAAUUAUGUGAAUAAAAAUUGUUUAUGUUUAAUGUAUGGUUUUAAAUAAACUGAACAAGUACA